UGACAUUAAGGUUAUAUUACUCUCCUAUACUAGUGAUAUUAAGGUUAUAUUACACUCCUAUACUAGUGACAUUAAGGUUAUAUUACUCUCCUAUACUAGUGAUAUUAAGGUUAUAUUACUCUCCUAUACUAGUGACAUUAAGGUUAUAUUACACUCCUAUACUAGUGAUAUUAAGGUUAUUUUACUCUCCUAUACUAGUGAUAUUAAGGUUAUAUUACUCUCCUAUACUAGUGAUAUUAAGGUUAUAUUACACUCCUAUAUUAGUGACAUUAAGGUUAUAUUUCUCUCCUAUACUAGUGACAUUAAGGUUAUAUUACUCUCCUAUACUAGUGAUAUUAAGGUUAUAUUACACUCCUAUACUAGUGACAUUAAGGUUAUAUUACUCUCCUAUACUAGUGAUAUUAAGGUUCUG